AUCAACUCUUAGCAGUCAUACAAUGGAACCAUUCGAUGAUAUUGUAACACCAACUAAAAUGGAGGCACCGAUCGACGAUUUUACAUCUGAUCAAACACCACAAACACCGGGAAGUGCUAUUGAUUUUGGAGCCUUGAGUGGAUUGGAAGUUGAUGUGGCUGAGAUUGAAAAUCCAGAUGCUGUUCAAGAAAAAUUAGCCUCUCUCUACAAUGUAGAGGAGUGCUCUGAUAUUGUAUUUAUAGUUAGGAAUAGAAGAUUUUUUGCUAUCAAGGCUCUUGUGUGUGGUUGGAGUCCAGUUUUCAAGUCAAUGCUAUGUGGAGAGUUCAUUGAAUCAAGUUUAAGAGAAGUUCCUUUGGAUGAUGUUGAAGAAACUAGUAUGGAAAUGUUUUUGAAGGUUAUUUAUUCUGGAAAGACUGGUCCAUAUCCAAUUCAUAAUUUUGUUGAUCUAUAUGCAUUUGCUAAUAGAUUUGAAGUUCCAGAAAUUGAAAAACUCUGUCUCACUGCAUUACAAGAACAAAAUUUGGCCAAACACUUAUUCCCAUUGAUUGAUGCUUGUGAAAAGUAUAUUGAUCUCGAAGAAAUUGAAAAGAUUAGAACCGAAGUUGUAGCCAAAAUUUGUUGUGAAUUUGAUGAAGUUUGUUCUAGACCUGACUUUGUGAAUAUGCGUAUUGAUUACUUGUUGAGAUUCUUAAAAUCUGGAAUUAUUGUCAUUCCAGAAGAUGUUUUAUUCAAUUCUUUAAUGCGUUGGAUUGUACACGAUAAGGAGCAAAGAAUUCAAUACUUGGAUGAAUUAUUGUCCUUUAUUAGAUUCCCAAUGAUGGAAUCUGUUGCAUUGACAGAAAUAGAAAACCAUCCUCUUCUCCAAGAUAAGAUGGAUGAAAUGAAAUCCAUUAUUUACGAAGCAAUGAAAUUCCAAUUGAACAAGGAUGCCAUUCCAGAAGAAAGAAGAGUUCAUGAAAACUUUAAAGAAAGAGAAGGCCCACCAGAGGAAGAUGGACAUUCCUACAAGUACAAGAAGGUCUUUACUUUGACAUCUCUUGGUUGUACAGGAAGCGUCAAACCAACAAGUAUUGGAACUCAUUAUGACAAGCAUCUUUCCAAAGUAAUUACUCUCAAGAAUGGUAUUCAAGAAUGGAAAGUUCAUGCUAGUGGAAAAUAUAGAAUAACUGCAGUUGGUGCAUCUGGAGGAAUCAACCCACAUACCACCAAUACUAAGGGUGGUAAGGGAGCCAAAGUGAGUGGAAUUUUCAAACUCAAGAGAGGUCAACUUAUCCAAGUAUUAGUUGGUCAAAAAGGAGAGGAUGCCACAGGUAGUACUGGCGGUGGAGCUGCAGGAGGUGGUGGAGGUACAUUUGUAGUGGAUGGAGAAUUGCAACAACCAUUGAUAAUUGGAGCUGGAGGUAGCGGGGCAAAUUGGUAUUCAUUUACCAUCGAUGGACCUGGUGGUCAAUUAUACGAUCCUUCAAUUGAAUCAACCAAGUCGGUUGAAGCUUAUGCAGAAAGAGGAGGUGGCGGCGGUGGAUUUUAUAUUAAGGGUGCUAAUGGUUCAUCUUGCACUGGUGGUGCCAGCUUUUUAGAAGGUGGGUCUGGAGGUACUAACUCAACUAGUACUUAUGGAGCUAAAGGUGGAUUUGGUGGAGGUGGUGGUUCUGAGCACGAAGGUGGUGGUGGUGGAGGUUAUGUUGGAGGCAAGUCACUCAAAUCUAAUGAAUAUAACACUUCUCGUCCUGAUUAUGGUGCCUAUUCUUUCAAUUCUGGUUUAAAGCCAGAAGGUGAACCAGCUUGUCACGUUGGUGAUGGUUAUGUUGAAUUUGCCAGAGUUUUCUAAAAUUGUAAAAAGAAUUGUAAAAUAAAUAUUCUCUGCAUUACACCAAA